GCUUCAGCUUUUGUUUUCCGCUUCUCUGCCUGCAUAAUGGUAGCUCCGGCCAUCUCCGUUCCCGCGACUGCGAACUUAUCUAUCGCUUUUCGCAACGCAAACUCGUCCAACCUCGUUUAUUCUCACAGCAACCCAUGGUCGAUCGCUUCUUCCUUGCCAAGUCCAUACGGGGACCCGACAAAGAUAGGUUUCGCGAGUAAAAGCCGUGGUCUUCCUUUAAAACUUGAUGAGAAAAGCAUCUAUGAUGCUAGCACAAGUUAUGGUGCAAUAGAGGCUAAAAAGGGGAAUCCACCCGUAAUGCCAGCAAUCUUCACUCCUGGAGGACCUAUGGAUCUAUCAUCUGUGUUGUUUAGAAAUCGUAUAAUAUUCAUUGGACAGCCAGUCAACUCACAAGUGGCUCAGAGAGUUAUAUCGCAGCUUGUGACACUAGCUACUAUUGAUGAGGAUUCGGAUAUACUGGUAUAUUUAAACUGCCCUGGUGGAAGCACUUAUUCAGUGUUGGCAAUUUAUGAUUGCAUGUCUUGGAUCAAGCCCAAGGUUGGUACAGUGUGUUUUGGAGUAGCUGCAAGCCAAGGAGCUCUUCUCCUUGCUGGUGGGGAGAAAGGGAUGCGGUACUCAAUGCCAAAUGCACGCAUUAUGAUACAUCAACCUCAGAGUGGAUGUGGAGGUCAUGUAGAAGAUGUGAGACGCCAAGUGAAUGAAGCUGUUCAAUCUCGCCAUAAAAUUGACAUGAUGUAUUCUGCUUUUACUGGUCAACCGUUGGAGAAGGUGCAACAGUACACCGAGAGGGACAGAUUUCUGUCUGUUUCUGAGGCUUUGGAGUUCGGUCUCAUUGACGGUGUCCUGGAAACGGAGUACUGAAUCUUUCUGUGUCAUCAUUUAUUAUUUUUCUCCAGACAUUAGGAAUUCUGAGGAGCCGGCCUCAAAUUCAUUUUGGAUCUCCAACACAGCAAUUGUAUUUGACAUAUUAGCUUUUUUGUUUUUUUCACAAUUUCUGCUGUUAUCGGAAAAAAUAUUUGUUUAUCAGAAAGCUAGUUGAACAUGUUAAAGUCAUGCCACAUUAAUGCUGUAGAGUUUAAUUUAUAAAUGAUAGUCUUUUAAGUCUUCUAAA